AGAGCUGGAAAGAUGGCGGCCGGUUCAGGGGCUGCAAGUGGUCAGGUAGCCCGCAGCUCCACCGCUGCUCUGGAAGCGUCGUUGGACCGACGACUUCAAGGAGUAUCCAACACUAUGGAGUCGAUACAAGGACUCUCAACUUGGUGCAUUGAAAACAAGAAACACCACGGCCUUAUUGUUCGGCACUGGAUGAAGUGGCUCAAGAAAUCCGACAACAACCAUCGCUUGAACCUUUUCUACCUUGCCAAUGAUGUGAUACAGAACUGCAAAAGGAAGAAUGCCAUUGUGUUUCGUUCAGCCUUCUCAGACGUCCUUCCAAAUGCUGCUCUGCUCAUCAAAGAUGGGAAAGUCCGCAGAUCAGUGGAGAGGAUCUUUACCAUUUGGGAGGAGAGGAGUGUGUAUCCUGAGGAGGUCAUCGCCCAGUUCAAAACCAAUUUGAACAGAAAGGAAAAAGAGCGAGAGAAACAAAAAGAAAAAGAAAAGGAAAAGGAGAAAGAGAAGGAGAAAGAAAAGAAAGAAAAGGAGGCUCCACCUGCCAACGCCACCACCAGUACCAAAGCUGCCCUGAAGUCCAAGGUUGUUGCAGAGUUCACACUUCAAUCCCUGAUCGAUCAGUUGUCCAGACACAAGCGAGCUGUCGCCGAGGAGGAGCUCAGGGAGAAGCAGCUCACUGCUCUCAGAGUGGAUGUCUGCAGCACGGAGGCCCUCAAGAGACUUAAAGACAAGGCAGGAGGGAAUAAGUUUGUCAAGGACUUUGAGGAUGGCAGUCUGAAGCUGCAGGAGUUCAUCAGCUUUCUGGAGAAAGAGUUGAAAACGGGGCCACCUCUGCUGGAAGCUUUGGGGAAUGCAGACAUCUUCUACGAGACCCAGUACAAGGAGGUUAAGAUUGUGGCAAAUGCAUACAACGCCUUUGCCAACCGUGUGACCACUCUGAAGAGGAAACUGGAUUCCCUCAAAUCGACACUACCUGGACCUGAGGACUCUCCCAUCCCUUCUCCAUCUGAAGAUGCUCCCUCACCCACCGGCUCUGACUCCCCCUUUCUGGGUAUUGAGGCCCAGGUGGAUCCAGAGCUGGAUGGAAAGGCCAUGGACGAAGGAGAAUCCCAGCGAGACAACAGAGACAUGGAGGACAUGGAUAUGUCUGAGGAAGAGGCUGAGGCUGCUGCAGCAGCAGCUGAGGAUGACAAGACAGACAAGCUCUCUGCUGCUCUCAAGAAUUCAAAGUCAGAUGCAGUGGCAAAGCUUCCAAACACACCGACGAAAGCCUCCAAGACCAGCGUUCCUGCUGCUGCCACGGCAACGCCAAUGACUCCCACAUCUGCCAAAGCUCCCAGCGCUCCACCCACACAGCUGGGAGUCAACCUGGCCAAGGUGGACCUUGGAAAGAUCAGCUCCAUUCUCAGCUCACUCACAUCUGCCAUGAAAAAUACAGCAGCGAGUCCAUCACACCGGCCAUGUCCUGGGACACCCACCACCCCCACUGGCCAAUCAGCAGCCUCCAAAGCAACCCCACCAAGCCCUGCCUUGGCCAGCAUCCUGUCACGUGUUGACAUCACCCCUGAGGGGAUACUCAGUGCUCUGUCUAAAACCAGCACACCAGCAUUUUCCUCUCUCCUGCAAAGUGUGACCAACACCUCCUCUACUCCCUCCACCCGAACCUCCCCAGAGUCAGCAAGCAUCAAAACUCCCGUGACCCCGACCACCCCGAAAACAAAACCUCAUCUUGGAAACAGCCACAAACGAGAAAUGCCUGGAAGAAACAAAGACUGGGAGAAGGAGAUCCAACUGUCUCCUCCUCCGCCUCCCCCUCCUAGUCGUCCUUCGGCUCCUUCCGUCUCUCCCCCCAGUUUAGAAUCCAAGAUCAACAGCUUCUUGCAGGGUAAUCCAGGGUUUAGUCUUGCUCUAGGCGAUGUCAGCCCCGAUGGGGUUGACGGGACCCCAGUGAGAGACGAGGCUGCCGGCACGCCGACCCAGGAUGAGAUCAUGGACACUCCCGGGAGCGUGCCAGAAUCUUUAGGCUCGUCCGGAGGGCAUAACCUGUCCCCCACAGCCUACCGCAGUGAUCCCUGGGACGCUGCGAUCACCCCGUCAGGAGGCAACAACGACGGGGAUUACCUAGGCUCUUCUUCAUCCAGAUACGGAGCCGGAAAAAAGGGCAGCACCAAGUUAAAAGACGAUGAAGCAAUGAGAAAGCAGGUCUCCUCUUCUCCUGGUAAAGAUAUGAAGGGUAUGAAAGAGGAACAGUACAACCAGUUGAGGAUUAUGGGAAAUAACAGGGUGGGAGAGAGGAGACUUUCUGCUGGCGCUCGUAAAAUGAGCACUGGUUCUAAUGAUGGAAGUCUGAGUGGGAAAAGGGAGGACAAGGGAAAAGCUCUGGGGUCUCCAGCUGGAGAUAGGGUGGAUGGUCAGUAUCACCGUAUUGAGACGCUUGUGUCGCCCCACACUGAGGGCGCGCCCAUCCAGACUCUGGGGUACUCCAACCGACCACUUGCUGGAGAGCGCAUCAAGACAGUGGAGAGCAUCCGUGUGAUUGGUCGAGGCUCUCGUCGAGGGGGAGGAGCUGGCACUCGACCAGGGGUGUCGGUGUGGUACAAGGAGGAGGAAUACCUGGAAGCUCAUCCCACCUCCCACAUGCUCCCCCCUUCUCUUAACAUGGGUCAGGGAGGCAUUGAAGACAUGAACCCAUCAAUGCCGCCUCCUCCCCCUCCUCCUCCCCAACACCUCCUCCUCCCUCAUCUUCACCCUCCUCCGCCCCAUCCCCUAUCACAUCCUCCCCCUCAGACUCAGUUCCCAAUGCACUACCACACAGAGAGCAUGCCUCCUCUUCCAUCACACCUGCAUCAUCAUCUUCUUCAUCAUCCUCCUCCUUCAUCUCCUUUCUUCGGGGCUCCCCCGCCGAUCCCUCGGCCCCCUCCGCCUCCCACACAGCAGCGCCUCUCACCUCCACCUGGUCAUUCCGCUGUGCCGACUGCAGUCAUGGUGGGGGGAGUGUUGGUCCCUGUUGAUCGUCCCCUAACUCUCCCUCCCGCCAUUAGAUCUGAUGGUGGCGAGCGUGGUGGGAUGGGGCCCAGAGGAAGUAAAAUGAACCACCAACCACGCAUGUCAUCAUUGCUAGGCGACCCCCCCAAGCUUCCCCGUCCCGGCACAGUUAAAGAGCCCUUCGUCCCGCGCCACACGCCCCCCCUCCACCGCCCUGGUACCCCAGGUGUCCCUCCACCUUUACUUGGCCGAGUGAAGGAGCCUCUCAGUCUGCCUCUCCCCUCUCCCUCCCCCUCCCCCACCUCCUCCACACCCUCCCCCUCCGCUCCCAGUUCCCCAGCCGUCGAUGGCGCCCCUGCUCACUCACUCCCCCUCGCUAGUCCUCCAGCUCAGAGCCAAGCCUCCAGCCCCGCUCCCCUCCUCAACACGCCCAGUCCUCGGCCACCAGUCCUCUCCGCCUCUCAGAGGCCCCCGCUGCGAGGCCGAAACCCGUCUCAAGACCUCCACAGGGGCGGGUUUCGUGGGGGGAAGCGGGCCGCCCCUCCUUUCACAGGCACUCCUUUCCAUGCUCAGAAGAGGCCGUUCCUGCCCCCGCGCUACUGAAGUGGUCAUCCAUCACAAGCUGAAUGAGAAGCGCAAGCCACACAUCUAACAGUGCAGUGUGUUAGCCCUGCUGGU